GCCAACGCAUUAUAUAAGGAGCAGACUUGCACAUACGCAUCAGUCCAUCGCAUUAGCCAUCGUCUACUCCGAAAAUCACUCCUUUUCCAAUCAGGAGAGCACGGUUCAUUGACGUGAAGACUUUCCAUUACUCCGGCGAGGUGCCGGAGACGUUGUUGAGUUCUUUGUCCUCUCUAGACCCGAGAUGGCAUCACCAAACAGAGCUUUGAACCCAUCAGUUAUUUCUGGGCUCCUGAACUCAAUUGAGCACCUCAAUGGGACUAACUUUCCUACCUGGAAGGAGCAGAUUUUGAUUAACCUUGGUGUCAUGGACCUUGAUUAUGCACUUAGGGAAAAAGCUCCAGUUCCUUUGUCCUCUCAUGAUGAAAACCUUGCUGAGAGAACUAAGGUUUAUGAGGCUAAUAAGGAGAAGUGGGAGCGCUCCAAUCGCUUGUCUAUCAUGAUCAUGAAAAGCACAAUUACUCUUGGGAUUAGGGGAGCAAUCCCUGAUUCUGAAUGUGCUAAGACUUAUCUAGCGUCGAUGGAGGAGCAAUUUAAAGGCUCAACAAAAGUCUACGCUAGUACGUUGAUCAUGAAAAUGCUCACCACUAAGUAUGAUGGUAAAAGCGGCGUGAGAGAACAUAUCAUGACUAUGAAUGAUAUGGCCGCAAAAUUAAAGGGCAUGGACAUGGAGAUUUCUGAGGGCUUUCUGGUUCACUUCAUUAUGACUCCUCUUCCUAUGGAGUAUGGUCCCUUCAAGAUUAAUUAUAAUACUCAGAAGGAGAAGUGGACCAUGAGUGAGCUCACAUCUAUGUGCGUUCAAGAAGAAGAACGGCUUAAGGUUGAAAGGAUAGAUUAUGCUCAUCUUACUUCCAUAAACUUAGGGAAAAGAAAGUCUCAGGGUGAUGGGAAACCUAAGAAGAAGAUGAACUUCUCUAAUAUUGAUGCAAGCAAGCUAGGGAACUCUGGCACCAAGGACAUCGCUACAGAGCCUAAGGGUCCUAAGUGUCGUUUCUGCAAGGAAGAUGGGCAUGUCAUGAAAGAAUGUGAUGGCUUUAAGGCAUGGCUUGCUAAGAAGGGGAUUCCAUUUCGUGAGGACACUGAAAAAGAUGGAUCAAAGCCUUAGAUUUCCAAGUGGCAAGGAGACUGAUGAACAAGGAUUAGUAUUUCUCCUUAAGUAUUGGUGAUCGUUCAUCCUCCGUCUUAAUAAUACUCUUAUGUUCCUAGCAUGAGGGACCUUAUUUUGUUUCUCUAUGAUAUGAUGGAUUUGUUAUUUUGCGAACAAAUAUUGUGUUAUUAAGAGUUGUCAUGAUGGUUCUGGUUGUGUUA